AGGGGGGCUGAAGAGAAAAAUGGGACCCACUGUCGGUCCUGUCCCCGUGCCGGUAUCCCGGGAGAACGAGCGCGGUGCAUGCUGGGAAUUGUAGUUCCCGGUGACUACAGCGCCCACCGCGUGACCGGCGCCGGACCAAUCGCAGUGGGCCCCGCGUCGCCGUGGCAACCGGCUGUCAACAAGAUGGCGGCGGGGGGUGCAGCUCAUGCUGAUGUGGAGCUCAUGUCCUCUCUGGUGGAAAAAAUCUCUCUGUUGGAACAAAAAAUAGAGAAACAAGCACAAGAAAUCGAGCUGAAGGACAGGAGGAUCGCCGAGCUCCAGGAGAAGAUAAAGGCUCUUCAGGAAGGGGAAGAUGCUUCUGACUCACCCACCACAGAAGAACUGGAAAUGAGGUGCCUUCAGCUGCAGAGCCAGGUCUGGGAGAUGGAGCGGUUCCUGAAUGACUAUGGCCUGGUUUGGGUUGGAGAGGCACGGCACCAGCUGGGAGACACAGAAUCCCUCUGGGAGGAAGAGGAGCUGCCAGCAGGGAACCUCUGCAAGCCAGGUGAGGCCGUUGUUCGCAAACACCAGAUUGAUUUUGAUUUAAUCCUGGAGAACAUUAAGGAUUUGAACUCGCUGGUCGGAGAGGGCAUUUCUCAGAUCGAGCACACGGCCCGGGGGGCUCGGCUGAGGCAGCCGGAGCCCCUCCCUCUGACCCUGUACCGAAAUGGGAUCGUCGUGGGACACGGAGCCUUCCGGCCCUACCAGCACCCAGCCACGCAGCAAUGCCUGCAGGACAUCAUGGAUGGUUAUUUCCCCUCAGAGCUGCAGCCACGCUACCCCGAAGGUGUCCCCUUGCAGGUCACUGACAGGAGGGAUGUGGUAUUUCAGAAGCCAGACCUUCCAGGGAGCUUUCCUGGCCUUGGCCAGGUGGUGGGUACUUCAGAAUCCAACAGGGUGCAAGAAACCUCCAAGAUCCCAGGUCCCAAAGCCUUCUGGGAGCAGGUUCCCAACAAGCUUUCCCAGCCCCUGCAGCAUAGAGGGAGAGUGGGCAGUGCCCGAGGCGUGGCCGGAGCAGCGCCACAGGGUUCUGAUGGGCAGCAGAGGAGCAAGGAAAUCCUGGUGGAAACACCUGGGCUGGCUGCCCUGCAGAGGGUGAAGCCAGAUGAGGAGGCUGGAGCUCCUGGCCCUGAUUGCUGCACCCUGCGCGUCAGAUCCGAGAGUGGCGAGCAGACGUACGAGCUGAGGAUGCUGCUCACAGACACCAUCGGGGACCUCCGCCAGCACCUCGCCCACAUCAGGGGUGGAAACUCGGACUAUGAGAUCAUCAGCACCUUUCCCCAGAGGGUGUACACGGACAGCUCCAGGAGCCUGCAGGAAUGUGGGCUGGUCCCCAGGGCCUCCCUGCUGCUCCGCAGGAGAGACCCCUCCCAGCAGGAGGGGAGGGGGCUGCAAACAGCCUAAGAGCUGCUCACCCCCAGCUCUGCACAGGGAGGGAGCUGCCUCUCACCUUACCCGACCUGCCCUGGCUGGGAAGAAGGGAGAGGUUUUCUUUCCAGAUUCAGUUUCACUGUGCCACUACCUGGGAUGGAGAAGAGCUGGGAGCAGUCAUUUGGCCACUCCCUUUGGCAGAGGGGGCCAGGCCCAGUCCUGCUGCCUCACAGUGGCUGCUGUUCCCCAGGACAGCUGGGUCCCAGCAUAGGGACACUUCCAGCAGCUCACCUGGGCUCCAGGCCUGGCUCCUCAUCUCCGUGCAGGGUCACACAGGCUGCCCCCUGCCCAGGGGACCGUGCCAGCCUCACCCCAGCACUGGGCAGUUGCUUAGCAGUGCUCAGAGACUGGAGCAGCAGGAUGGAUACACAGCCAGGGGCAGUUUGCUUCCUGCACACAGCUGCUCCCUACAGAUCUCACCUGCGCUGACAGCAGGGGACAAACAGGCUCAGUUCUACGGUCUCUGCCGGAGCUAAACCUGAAGGCCUCGAGCCAUUGCAGUGCUGGGGCUGAGCCAGGCUCGGCUCAGCCCUGCUACUGGGUUUCCUGUACGUGCACAGCUCCUUCCCUUGGACAACCCCCAGCUGCAGCGGGGCCCAGGCUCCAGCCUGCCUGGAGGUACCCGCCCUCCUCCUCCCGCUGCUGGAUGCUGCAACAGGACACCGUGACAUUGGAGACAAGCAUACUCCUUCCGUGCUCUCUGCCCAACCCUGAACAAAGCAUCUUCCUCCCUGUCCCGUGGGCUGGGGCUGCACUUUUCCCUUUCCCCAGCACAUUCUUCCCAUUCCAGCUGUGACAAGCUCUCACUUGACUCCCAGCUGACAACACUCCCACUCUUGUGAGGCAGGGCCUUCUGGCAGGUUCCCUCUUCGCACAGACCCAGCCCUCAUUAAGGGCUCCCAAUAAAACCCUUUAUUUCAGCUGCAA